AUGAGAGAAAGAAGAAUUGAUGAUGAGUUUCGGUUGUCAGACAAUAGAAGACGAGCAAAUUCUCUCAAAAUUCAACGACAAACUGAUGAAUUUAAAACCGAAGAAAAUAAGAGAAGAGCAGAAGCUCUUAAAAUUGCACGACAAACUGAUGAAUUUAAAACUGAAGAAAAUAAGAGAAGAGCAGAAGCUCAUAAGAUCGAACGAGAAAAUGAUGAGUUUAAAACUGAAGAAAAUAAAAGAAGAGCAGAAGCUCUUAAAAUUGCACGACAAAAUGAUGAAUUUAAACUUCAAGAAAAUAAAAGAAGAGCUGAAGCUCUUAAAAUUGUACGAGAAAAUGAUGAAUUUAAGCUUCAAGAAAAUAAAAGAAGAGCAGAAGCUCAUAAAAUUGAACGUCAAAAUAUUGAAUUCAGAAUACAGGAAAAUGACAGAAGACUGAAUUCUCUGAAAAUUAAACGUGAAGAUGAAGAAUACAAACAGGAAGAGAGAAGAAGAAAUGCAUCAAGAAUGCGUAUGAGUCGAGAUAAAUACGAAAAUAAUUUUCAUCUCAUGAAAUUAAAUUAUGAAUCAAAAAUAAAAGAAGGACCUACUCACAUUUGCAGUUGUUGUGGCGGUUUAUGGUUCGAAUAUUCAAUCAAAGAAUCUACAGUUGAGAUGUUGAGAAAUAAAGGAUUACCAAAAGAAUUUAUUGAUACAGUCUGUUAUCUCAAAAAUGCAAUCAUUAAAUUAUGUGUUACUUGUAGAAAGGACAUUAUGUCGAAUAAAGUACCUAAUCUUUGCCUAUCUAAUGGUUUAGCAUUCUAUGAAAUACCAGAUUGUUUGAAAAUCUUGACUGAAUUAGAAGAACGAUUAAUAUCACCAAGAAUUCCUUUUAUGGUGAUUCGAACGUUAGGCUUCUGUAAACAGUUUGGUCUCAAAGGUAAUCUGGUCAAUGUUCCGAUGAAUGUUGACACAAAUGUUUCGGUCUUACCGAGAAAGUUUAGCGAUACCCAUACCAUCCAGCUAAAACUCAUGAGACAAAUGAAAAAUAAAAACGCCUUUAUGUAUGAAACAAUUCGACCAAAAGUUGUACAUACAGCUGUUAAAUAUCUUGUCGAACAGGAACUAUAUAAAGGCGAAGGUAUCAUUAUAUCCGAUGAUUGGUUGAAUGAGUAUUCUAAUGAACGAGAAAAUUUCAUUAUUAAAGAUGAAGAUAAAAAAAUUGAUGCGAAUGAAAUCAUGAAGGAAUCAGAAUUUGAUGAUAAUGAUGCCAAUUGGAAUGAAUCCGAUGAUAAACCAAUCAAUCCAGUAGCUACCGAAACAUUAUUAAAUGAUGAGAUUGAAGAUCAGAAUGAUAUCGGUAUUAAAUUUGCUCCAGCAGAGAAUAAUAGACCAAUAUCAAUUUUGAUGGAUAUGAAAGUUGAUGAAUUAACAUUUCCAAAAAUUUAUUGUGGUAAACAAAGAAAAAUCAAAGAAAAUGUUAAAUUGACUUACGCUAAAAUUGCUAAGUCAGAAUUAAGAAUGUUCGAUCGAAGAUGUGGUAGAAUAUCGAAACUAUUUUUUACCUAUAAGAAAUUGCAAACGAGAAAGUUUUCAGAUGCUAUUUCAAUAACUCUAAGAAAAACAAAAAAUACAAAAAAUGUAACUGUUGCACAAAUGCUCAAUCGAGAUUAUGUCAAUGGAUUAAUACAUAAUGAUGACGCUUUCACAUUCUUNGUAGAUUCUUCAUGUAAUUUGACUUAUUAA